CAGCACCCCAUUAACAGAUGAAUGAUCGUACCAGAAACAAUGCUGUCGCCCAUUAGUAUCAUAUGCCUUGCAUUUGCAUGUGCCACAGUCACGGUAGUAGAAGCUGUCGAUUGGGAUUGGUCAACAUGGUCUCCCAUGGACAGCUACGUUAACAGGGCUGAUGAUAGUUACACAUGGCGUCUACUUGAGACACAUAGAGUGGACGCUGGGGGAGAUGACGGCCAAAAUGACACCACCGUAUACAUACUUAACAUGACCUCGCAGACUUGGAAAGAUGAAACGUACAGCAGCACGCCUGUCUGGUCGCAUCAUUUGACAAUUGCCAUUCCUGAUAAUGUCACUGACUACGAACAUGCUUUUAUGUGGAUAGGAGGAGGUUCAAACCCAUCCAGUCCUCCGUCACCAGAUGGCGACAUGUUCGUAAUGGCAGCUGCUGCAUUCGGAUACGAAACCGGAAGUGUUGGCACAUAUUUAAGACAAAUCCCGAAUCAGCCUGUGUUUUUACCAAGAUCAGAAGACCCCUCUCUUCGUCGAACGGAGGAUGCUAUUAUUGCAUGGACCUGGAGACAUUUUGUAGACACAAAUGGCACUGACCCCGACAUACUUCUAAGGAACCCAAUGACAAAGGCCGUUGUCAGGGCAUUCGAUACCGUAGCAACCUUCACUAAACAACAAAAUACACAAUUUGAGAUAACAAAGUUUUUCCCUGCUGGGGGCUCAAAGCGUGGUUGGACCACUUGGACGGUUGGGUGUGUCGACAAACGAGUGUUUGCAAUGGCUCCGGUUGUUCUCAGUGUUCUCAAACUAAGAGAGACGAUUAGUUUGCACUACAGAGCAUAUGGUGGUUGGUCAUUUGCUUUUGGCGAUUACUGGAGACAGAACAUCACUCAAUAUUUAAAUGAUGAUAUCAUAGACAGAAUGGGAGAAGUCGUCGAUCCUUACAGUUACAGAAACCGAAUGACAAUGCCAAAGAUCGUAAUUCAAGCAACAGGUGAUGAGUUCUUCCUCCCAGAUGAACCAAACGUUUGGUUUAAAGACCUAAUAGGCCCUAAAUAUGUCUGGAUGGUUGAAAAUACGCACCACCCAAUGACAUUUGCCCGUCUUGAUAUCUUCAAUAAUUUGGUUAGCUUCUACAAAACUAUCACAAAGCAAUAUACACUUCCCGAAUUCAACUGGAACCUCGCAUACGAUCAGGAAAACCGUCGAGGAACAAUUGACCUGUUCACUCCACAGCAAAUUCCUAUUCGAAUGACAGUUUGGUACGCUGAAACUGCUGAUGGUCUUCGGGGUCCUGCCCGACGGGAUUUCCGCUGGGCAAUAGCAUCCGAAGAAACACCAGGGGAAGUUGAUUUCAACCCCGUUAUCUGGGCAGAAGAUCCAUCUGCUUUGGUGGAAGUUGAGGCGAGGCACUGGAGGGCCACUGUUGCCGAGCCUAUUGAGGGAUGGGGAGGAUUCUUCAUAGAGGUGGUAUUUGCUAACCAAGAUGCCGAAGAACUUGUGUUUACUACGGAGUUGAACGUCAUCCCACCGACCUAUCCUUUCGAAGCUUGUAGCACUCCGACAGAAUGUUGGGGUACCAUUGUCUAAGGAAUCUGUUUGAUACACUGAAAAUAAAAUCUAUGGAUGCCGUCAUAGUACUAAGGAAACAUCUAUAGUUUUUUUU